CGUUUUUGACUGUUUAGAAGCAAGUUUACUAUUUGUAAAACAUUACUCGUUUUUAUAGCAAAUAUGAGUGAAAGCGUGAGUACACGGACCAAAACAUUGACCGACUCAGCGGAUUCAUUAUCUACAGAAGGUCCUAUUGUCUUAGACCGAUGGAGCAACAACAUAAGCUACCGGCAACUGGUGAUCUCCUCCUGCAUUGGAAUUCUCCAGCUCUGGUGGCAUCCCUACCUCUACGACCUGCAGAAACUGCUGCCCUACAUAUUCUUGUACAACCUGUUCAGUAUCAUCAUUGGAUACCCGAUGUUCUACCUCGAACUGGCGGUAGGCGUGGUCACUAAGAAAGGCGUGUUGAGAUGCUGGGACAUGGCGCCUAUGGCUAGAGGCAUCGGCUUCGCCAUGCUAGCGUGCUGCGUGUUCACGGCGCUGGGCCUUGGCGCGGUGGCCGCCUGGUGCCUGGCGCUGCUGGUGCACAGCGGCCACUCGUUCCUGCCGUGGCUGCACUGCGCGGCCGCCGCUCGCCCGGCCUGCGCGGCGCGGCACCGCCCAUUAGUGCAAGGGAGCGAGACGCCUGCGCAAUCUUUCUUUUUUAACUUCGUCUUAAACCUGAAGCGCGAUGGCUUGGAAGGCGGCCUCGGGAACGUGGUGUGGGAGCUGGCCGUCUACUUCGUCAUCUCCUGGGUCCUCAUCUACUUCAUCGCGGUGAAGAAGAUCUAUAGCUAUUCGAAGCUAGUGCUGUUCAAAGACGUGAUGGCGUACUUUGUGGUGGUAUGCUUUGGGCUGGGCGCGGCGCGGCUCGACGGCGCAGCCGCCAUGUUCAAACGCUGCGACUGGACUGUGCUGUUGAAUAAUAUGCAGAUCUGGCGCGACGCAGUGGAAUACUCAAUCAUAGAGAUGACCGUCUCCCAAGGUUCCCUCGUCAUGCUGGGCUCGUACUGCCCCAAACAACAGCACAAGCUCGGCACCACGGCAUUACUCGCGUUCGCUGCUUCGAAAACCAGUUCGAUGUCGAGCGCUUUCAUAUUGGGCGCCGCCCACGGAGCCUUGCAGAAGGAUUAUGAUGUUAACAACACUAACAUUUGGGGCGGAUCCUCCACAUCAAUGGUGAUUUGGUCCGACUAUGUGGCCAGGAUACCUGGGAGUCAGUUCUGGUCGUGUCUUUUAUUCUUCACAAUGUUUGUUUUGGCUAUUUCUUCAACGGUAAUUUACUAUUAUGAAUUUUUAGGUCCCUAUGUGAUCUACCCUCAGAUCAUAGAAAGAGAAUAG